AUGAGCUACCCAGCAGAGAUCACCAAGUGGUUUCAGUCCGCGUUCGCCACCGACUUCAAAAACACCUGCACCGCGUCUUGGACGCCCGGUUCAUGGAAAAACUACGAACCACUCUUCGUCCAGUUGUUUAACAGAACCCUUACGACUGUCGCGGAUCUGUCGAUAGAGUUCCUGGCCACGAAGGUCCUCGCACGAGAAAGCCACUAUAGCCACACCCGUGACCAGCAAUGCCAUCUUCGUACUUCACAAGAGUUGGCUCAGCAUUUGAUAUUCGAGCGCUUCAACACCGACUUUGAGUAUCAGAGUGUCGCGUCGCUAUUUUUGACUGCCUUCUUUCAAGCCGGAUACCUAGCCCUCUUGGUCAGCAGACUCGAAGACACCUGGGCUCAAAAUCCUGGUAACCAUCGCAAGCACGGAUUGGAGUCCUCGACGGGAGAGAUGAAUCGCCGCCUUCCCAGACAGCCGAACAACUUGCGCCACGUGUUAGCACAACCUCCUGUGGGAUCAGGACGAUUUGAGUCAACCCUAUCGAUGUCCACGCCACCCCAUUCCAGUCUAUUCGGUCUUGGCGUUGGUGAAGGUCGAGGUUAUACCAACGACCAUAAGACAUUGCCACCAUACAAGUGCCAAUACUCGCCCCAUAUUCAAUACGCAGAUGCCGAGUACACAUCACCCGAGGCCAGUCUUGGAUUCCCCCCCCUUGACACUGACGCAACUGAAGAGGGCCAUUAUUUCGAAGCGCCUCCCUCACAGACAGCUCUGUUUGAAUUUCCACUCUGCGAUCGGAUUUUGAUGGUUCAUUUCCCAGCGAUCGAUCAGCGUGAUUUCUCUGUACCGGUAUGCGUCGCUGCACUGGUGGAUGGAGAGGCUCUUUCCCCAGAGGCUUAUGAUUUGCGUUAUGAAUUGGUUAGGCAAUAUCAGCAAUCAUGCAGUAUUGAGGAGUUUGUACACCACGUGGGAGAAGAUCUGGGAAGAAACCCUCACAGAAGCGAUGGUUUGUCAGUUUUAUAUUGA